GUAACAUGACGCAUGAUGACGUCCCGACGCUAGCAGCGUAAACAAAACCAUGUCGCUAAGACAGAGGAAAGCGGUACAGAUAGCAAGAUUCUUCCGAAUAGCUUUCAACGUUGCUUAACUGCACGCUAGCGCCUGAGAAGAUAACAAACAAAACAAAAAACACAGAAUAGUUUUUGAGCGAGUUCAGCUUGUCUCCUUACGUGUUUAGCUAGCUUAGCCUAGCUUACCCCGUAUGAAAUGAACGGCCAGGCAGACGUCGAAGUCGACUACAAGCGAAAAUACAAGAACUUGAAAAGAAAGUUAAAAUUUUUGGUUUACGAACACGAAUGCUUCCAGGAGGAGCUGAGGAGGGCACAGAGAAAGCUACUGAAAGUGUCCCGGGACAAAAGCUUCCUUCUGGACCGACUGCUCCCCUAUGAGAGGGUAGAUGAAGACUCCUCAGAUUCUGACGCGACCGUGUCCUCGGAAAACAGCGAGGGAGAAGUACUCCGAGAACGAGAAGGAGCAAAGAAGCGAAGAAGCAGCCCCAGCCCGUGUAUAUCGUCAUCGCCCUCGUCUCAUCUCUCCCUGCUGUCCCGUCCAGGCGCGCACCCGUUACAGUCCUCCGGCUCCGGACCUUACCUCAACACCAUGCCCUUCCCACCUGAGUAUUUGGCUCCCCCUGCUGAACGACUGAAGAAAGAGCGGAAAACAAAGGCGCCCAAAAGCAAGAGAGAUCCAACGGGGAAGGUGGCAGCGGCACACAUGACGGCCGCUUACCCAUCGGGCCCGGCAGCGGCUUCGUCGGCCGGCGCCCCGUUCAGCUGGGUCCCACGACAGAUGCUCAGCGGGGACGCCGCUGAGGAGGACGGCGAGAGUGACGUUGACAGCGAGCGAGGAGAUGAAGACCGAGGCGAGGGCGAUGAGGCCGAGUUGGUCAUUGACAUCCCCAACGAGUGAGUGAAUAUACAAUAUAAGGCACGCCUUCUCGCAUUAUAGCAACCGAGCCUCGCCAUCAACAAUGUUUGGAUUUGCAACCGAGCCUCGCCAUCAACAAUGUUUGGAUUUCUGUCAAAAAGUUGUUUUUCUGAGGCUUACUGAGCAGCUUUAGCGUUAUGCUGCCUCUUGGUGGCCAAGGGGUGCCCACCAGAAGGAGUCCCAUUCUUGACAUUCAAUAAAAUAAAGUCAUUGCUU